AUGAAGAUAAUUUUAUCUUUCAUUUUACUCUUUCUCAUUGCUAUUCCAGUUCUGGCAAAGUGCAAUGAAGCCACUGAAGAUUUGCCCCGUGGUGUGAUUCGCGGUCCGUUAUUGCAUGAACACAGUCUGCAGUCUCCCUUAGUUCAUGACUGGUGGGAAGAAGGUAUUCCUCAUUUCAUGAUUGGAGGCUCAGCGAUUGCGACUACCAAUUUUAUUCGUCUAACCAGCAACAACCUUGACGAUCACGGGUUUGCCUUCAACACAGCGCCAAUGGACCAUGACAGUUGGGAGGCUCGAAUUAAAUUCUCUAUUCGCCCGCCAGCUCCAGCUAUGCGUUUCAAUACUAGCGGGAUUGUAUAUCAAGGUGGAGAUGGUCUUGCAGUUUGGUAUUUAGAACAGCCAAUCGGUGAUGACCAUCAGCACGUUUUGAAGUACAGUAAACCCAUUACUCGCGAGAUGGAUUUGGAAAUGCGUGAUAAGGAAGAUCCUUGGAGGCUUGUUGACACUAUUCUUAACACAAACGAAGAAGAGUUUGACGAGUUUGACGGUAUACCUGACGAAGACCUGACUGAAGAGGAAAAAAAACGACGCGAUGACACGAAUGAGCGCAUGAAGCUUAAACAGAAACAGCGAAAUGAGCUAUUCCGGAAGAUUUUUAAAAGAGGUGCUUCUGUGGAUGACUCAGAUCAAGAGCCCCGCAUCAUGGGUGUGAGGUACUCAGAUUUCAGUAAGGGUUUUGCGAUAGUGCUUGACUCGGUUGGUGACGAAGAUGAAGAAAAAGGUAACGCUAUUGGGAACCAUCGCCACAAAUCUAGCAUUUCAUUACUGCUUAACCUACCAAAUCACACAGUUGAAUCCGGUGCUGCCAUACAUAAUAAUUUUGAUGCGACACAGACAAACUUCCGUAAAUUCUCACCUGUUCUUCGAUGCGAAUAUGAUUUUCGCCAGUUGUCGAGUAAGCGGUACACGUCAAAGGAGGGUGUGGAUGAAGAAACUUGGGCGCUUAACGCCCAUGAAGAACCAGCUGAAUUAAUCAUUCGUUAUUAUAAAAAGAAACUUUCCAUAAUUAUUCUACGUGAAGAUGUAACGAAAAGAAAAGUUUCCCAUGCAGCAAACAAAAACAUGGCAGACAAUGCCAAAAUAGUCGACAUCAGACGAACAUACAAGGAGACACUCUGUGGGGAAUUGUUUCCGGUCGAGAUUCCCCUUGGGUAUCACUUUGGGAUUUCUGCUAGCACUGGUCACCUUGAAGACCGCAAAGGACAUAAAGGGGGAGAAGAUACUUUUCAUCAAAGAGAAAGUGACAUUUCAACGCAUGUGGACAUCCAUGACAUCCACAGGAUUGAGUUCCGUGAGCUUGGAACCGAUCCCAAGGGGAUGGGAUAUACAAAGAGUGUUCCCAUUGAGAGAUUCAAUUAUGAAGGUGAUCAGCGUGAGCGUGAACACUUCUCCAGGCAGAUACCUUCAGUACCGGAUCCCGACGUUACAUAA